AUGUCCAAUUCACAGCAAAUAGCACAAAAUGCCCGUAAAGCUGGUAAUAUUUUAAAAACCAUCUCGAACGAAGGUAGAUCAGAUAUUUUGUACAGAAUUCACGAUGCCCUAAAAGCUAACGCACAUGCCAUUGAAGAAGCGAAUAAAAUUGAUUUGGCUGUUGCCAAAGAGACUGGUCUGGCGGAUUCUUUAUUGAAACGUCUUGACCUAUUCAAAGGAGAUAAAUUCGAUGUUAUGUUACAAGGUGUCAAGGAUGUUGCCGAGUUGGAAGACCCUGUUGGCAAGGUUAAGAUGGCCAGGGAAUUAGAUGAUGGUUUAACCUUGUACCAAGUCACUGCUCCAGUUGGUGUUUUGUUGGUUAUCUUUGAAUCUCGUCCAGAAGUAAUUGCUAAUAUCACUGCAUUGAGUAUCAAAUCGGGAAAUGCUGCAAUCUUGAAAGGUGGUAAAGAGUCUGUAAACACAUUCAGGGAGAUGGCAAUAAUCGUUAAUAACACCAUUGCGCAAUUCCAAAAUGAAACUGGUGUUCCUGUUGGCUCUGUACAAUUGAUCGAGACCCGACAAGAUGUUUCCGAUCUGUUGGAUCAAGAUGAGUACAUUGACUUAGUUGUUCCUCGUGGCUCCAAUGCCUUGGUGAGAAAAAUCAAGGACACCACAAAGAUUCCGGUGUUAGGUCAUGCAGAUGGUAUCUGCUCGAUUUACUUGGACGAAGAGGCUGAUUUGGCCAAGGCUAAAAGAAUUAGUUUGGACGCUAAGACCAACUACCCAGCUGGUUGUAACGCUAUGGAAACGUUGUUAAUUAACCCCAAGUUGUCGAAAUGGUGGGAAGUUCUGGAAAAUCUAACUUUAAAAGGCAGUGUGACUAUUCAUGCUACGAAGGACUUGAAGAGUGCAUACUUUGAUAAACUAAACGAAUUAGGUCAGUUGACAAAAGAAAUUCAAUCCAAGAUUGUUGAUGCCAACGAACAGGAGGAUUUCGAUAAGGAAUUCUUAUCUUUGGAUUUAGCUGCAAAAUUUGUUACAUCUACCGAAGAGGCCAUUCAACAUAUAAAUACACACUCUUCAAGACACACUGACGCUAUUGUAACGGAAAACAAAUCAAAGGCUGAAAAGUUCAUGAAGGGCGUUGACUCCUCCGGUGUUUACUGGAACGCAUCGACCAGAUUUGCCGAUGGUUUCAGAUACGGUUUUGGUGCUGAGGUGGGUAUUUCCACCUCUAAGAUUCAUGCUCGUGGACCAGUCGGUUUGGACGGCCUGGUCAGUUAUCAAUAUCAAAUAAGGGGCGAUGGCCAGGUGGCAAGUGACUAUCUUGGUGCUGGCGGUAAUAAGGCCUUUGUUCACAAGGAUUUAGAUUUAAAGACAGUUACAUUGUAA